AUGCAUAAGAAUGAUGCUCACGACUGUGGAGCCUGCGAUCGUCCGAACUCCGCCGAUGUUGGAAUGGUAGCGUGCGACGCGUGCUGUGUAUGGUAUCAUUACUCAUGCGCGAGAGUGUCUCCAGGAGUAGAAAACCGUGAAUGGAGAUGCAGUCCGUGUCUCUCCGUAGCCGAUACUGCGACGAAGAAGCCUGCGAAAAGUUCAAUGACCUCCUUAAACGUCCCUGACGCUGUCCUGAAUGAAAGUUCGAGAGCCCUUGGUGCUGUUCCUAAGAAGAAUAAGGAGAAAAACCCGAGUGCCCGCAGUGUGGCGCCAAGCGAGAAGUCGAGAAGAAGUAAUGUUACCCCGAAAAAGAAUCCGGAGGUGCCUGCUGUAACGGCUCCAACCCACGGCGAAAAGAAAUCUACUAAAUCCUGCAGUGCCACUGCGAGGGGUCGAGCACAGCUAGCAUUACAACGUUUGGAAAACGAGCGAUUACUGGAAGAGCUGAAGUUGCAGGGAGAACGAGAACGGUUGAAGGAAGAACGAAUCCGACUAGAAAAGGAGAAGCAGCUCAAAGAGCAAGAGCACGCGAUUAAGGCCAAAGAGCUUGCGAUGCGAGAAAAAUAUCUGCGAGAAAAACUCCAGUUGGAAGAACAAAUAGCCGAUGACGACGACCGGAGUGAAUCGAAUGCCUCCGGUGGCAUCGAUAGAACUAAAGAAUGGGUAGAAAGUCAGCGACAUCAGAAUGAGUGCGACGUGGGUGAAAAUGGAUCAAAACCUGCGGUCCAGAAUCAAGAGACUGUUCAUAAAGACAUUCAGAGUAUAUUGUGUCCAAGCUUGCCUAAAGGUUUACAUGGUGCGGGACUCAGUGCCAAUCAAGUAGCGGCAAGGCAAAUUUGGCCUAAAAAUCUUCCCACGUUUUCCGGUGACCCAGAAGAGUGGCCGAUAUUCGUCCACAGUUACGAGACUGCCAACACCGCUUGCGGGUUCACUGAUGUGGAGAAUAUUAUUCGACUUCGAGAGUGCCUCAGAGGCCCUGCGCGAGACGCUGUUGCCACGAAACUUAUGUUUCCGCAAAGCGUAAAUGCAAUCAUAAGUACAUUGAAACGAUUAUAUGGCAGACCGGAGAUACUAGUCAAAAACCUGCUCGACAAGGUUCGUCGAGUGGAAGCACCAAAAUCGGAACGACUAGAAACUUUAAUCAAUUUCGGUUUGACGGUGGGACAGCUUUGCGACCACCUGGAAGCCGCGAACCUCCAGGGGCAUCUGUCCAAUCCAACACUACUUGGCGAGUUGGUGGAGAAACUGCCCGCGUCUAUCAAACUCGAGUGGGCUAGGUUUAAGCGACUCCAUGCUGAUCCUACGCUGAAACACUUUGGCUCGUUUAUGGAGGGGUUGGUGAAUGAUGCUAGCGAAGUUUCAUCCCCGGUUUAUUUGAAGACGACCACUGCAAAGGGGGAUAAAGAUAAACCUCGAGAAAAGGGACAUAUUUAUACUCACGAAGAAGUAUCAGAGGUGCAGAUCCAAAACGAAAAACGUCAGCCAUGCCCUAUAUGCGAGAAAACUGACCACCGGGUGCGCAACUGCCAGCGUUUCCAGCAAAUGGAUGUGGCAGCCCGAUGGGAAGCCGUCAAACGUUGGAACCUUUGCGAAGUGUGCCUUUAUGACCACGGUCAAUGGAGAUGUCGGUCCAGAUUUCGAUGCAAUGUUCCUAAUUGUAGAGUCCGCCACCAUACGUUGCUUCAUGGCCCAGGAACAGAACAACCACGAGACCAUCAGCAACACGUGCAAGCUUCGGAGUGUAACGCUCACGAACAGACGCCAAGAUCAGUGCUUUUUAGGAUUAUUCCUGUAACAUUGUUCGGUGAAAACCGCAAAUGCGAAACUUUCGCAUUCUUAGAUGAAGGUUCCUCUUUGACACUAAUCGAAGAAAAUUUAGCCUCUCAAAUUGGAAUAAGAGGCGUUCCGGAGCCAUUGGAACUAAAGUGGACAUCGAGCGUGAUGAGGAAAGAGAAUUUCUCAGAGCGAGUGAACUUCGAAAUUGCCGGUAGAGGUAUGCCGCAACGAUACAAGUUGAAAAACGCUCAUACUAUAAGGGAACUUAACUUACCGAAGCAGAGCUUACCAAUCGAGGAACUGUCUCGGCGGUUUACACAUCUUCAAAAUCUUCCAAUUUCGUCUUAUAAUGAGGCCGUACCGAAAAUCCUGCUCGGAUUAGACAACCUAAAUCUCUUCACACCUUUAGACCGCUGUGUUGGUGGACCAGGAGAACCCAUCGCUGUUAAAUCAUUAUUAGGGUGGUCUGUUUACGGGCCAGAUGGAAGUGAACGCACGAAGCACGUGGUUGUGAAUGUUCACGACUGCGCUUGCGGAGCCGAUAGAGAAUUAAACGAGUUGGUCCGACAGCAGUUUGUCUUAGAAGAUAUAGCAAUUGGGGCAACGAUGCAGCACGAGUCAGUCGAUGAGAAGCGUGCUCGUGAAAUUUUGGAAAGCACUACCAGAUUUGUAGACGGAAAAUAUGAAACCGCUCUCCUGUUUAAGCGCGAUGACGUGCAACUACCAAACAGUUUUCCCAUGGCGAUGAAGCGGUUGAAAAGCUUCGAGAAUCAGCUCGCGAAAGACAGCAACCUGAGAGACAGCGUCAACCAGCAGAUUAUCGAUUAUACGCGAAAGGGGUACAUUCACAAAGCAACUAAAGAGGAGCUAGCGGAAAUAAGCGGAAGGACAGCUUGGUACCUUCCAUUGGGCUUAGUGACGCACCCGAAAAAGCAGAAAAAGCGGCUAGUUUGGGAUGGCAAGGCUGAGGUGGAGGGGAUUUCGCUCAACUCACAACUUUUGAAAGGCCCCGACUUACUAGUUGCACUUCCAUCAGUUAUAUGCAAGUUUCGAGAAAAACGUGUAGGAUUCGGAGGUGACAUCCGAGAGAUGUUCUUACAAUUGCGGAUGCGAACGUCUGACAAAUAUUUUCAAUGUUUCCUCUUUCGGUUUGAUACUCGCCACCCUCCAGAAAUCUAUAUCGCUGACGUCGUGAUGUUCGGAGCCGCAUGUUCACCUUGUGUAGCGCAGCACGUAUUGAGAGUAAACGCAGAUAAGUGGGCGCACGAAUUUCCUUCGGCCGCAGCAGCGAUCAUAGAAAAAACUUAUAUGGAUGACUAUUACGACAGCGCCGAUAGCCCCGCUGAAGCAUCCGAGCUGGCCAUACAAGUGAGAACGAUUCACGCUCGUGGGGGGUUUGAAAUGAGGAACUGGGUAAGCAACAGCCUCGAAGUUGUGGAAACGCUUGGUGAAGGUACUGUCUUCAAGGAACCGCGUGUUCUGCAGUCAUCUCCGGAGGAUAGAUGGGAACGUGUCUUAGGAAUGCUAUGGCACCCAGAAUCGGAUAAUUUAAUGUUCUCUAUGGAAUUAGGAAAUCAGCUUCAACCGUAUGUAUCUGGGGGCCAACGUCCGACAAAGCGUAUCGCCCUGAAGAUUAUUAUGAGCCUUUUUGACCCUCUCGGGUUGCUGGCGCCGUACCUUAUUCAUGGCCGGACGUUAAUACAGGAUGUUUGGAGAAGUGGAGUGCAGUGGGAUGAAGAAAUGAGAGACGAAGAGAGCGAAAAAUGGAAUCGCUGGGUGAAACUUCUGCCCGACAUUGCGAAACUGCAAAUCCCACGUUGCUAUUUCGGAAUGGCGAAUCCCCACUCGUAUAGCACAUUGCAAUGUCACGUUUUCACCGAUGCUAGCGAAAAUGGCUACGGCAGCGCAGUUUACUUUCGCAUCGUAGACAACUCGAAAGUUAAAUGCUCGUUGGUCAUGGCGAAAAGUAAGGUAGCCCCUCUAAAACACAUCUCCAUCCCACGAUUAGAAUUGGAGGCCGCUAUGUUGGGAGCUAGAAUGCUGAAAACGGUUCUCACAAACCAUUCGUUAACACCUCGCGAAAUUUACCUCUGGACAGAUUCAUCAACCGUGCUUUCGUGGAUUCGAUCGGAUCACAAAAAAUACAAGCAGUUUGUCGCCCAUCGCAUCGGCGAGAUUUUGUCGCUAUCCCAGGCGGAAUACUGGCGUUGGGUUCCAUCUAAGGAUAAUGUCGCCGACUGCUUGACGAAAUGGGUACGAGAUACGGAACCAGAGUCGAAUAGUAGGUGGUUCAAGGGUCCCGCAUUUUUGUAUCUCAACGAGGAAGAAUGGCCAAAACAGAAGGUCAACGCCAAUACCGUGGAGGAGCUACGUUCGUGCUAUUUGCUGACUCACAUCUCGCUACCUGCAAGUAUAGUCGACGUGUCGCGGUUUUCUAAGUGGACGAUACUGCUUCGGACGAUGGUUUGUGUUUUUCGCUUUAUUAGUAACUGCCGUUUACGACUCGCAGGCCGACCAAUAGAAACCAUUCCCGUGACAAAAAAUCAAGUAAAACUAUUGAAAUGUUUAGUCGUGGCUCAGAAAGUGCCAUUAAAGCAGGAAGAAUUUCAAAACGCGGAACGAUUUCUAUGGAAAAUGGUGCAAAGCGAAUACUAUCCCGAUGAAGUUCGAAUUCUGGUGAAAAAUCGUGAACGGCCAAUUGAGGAAUGGACGUCCAUUGAAAGGUCCAGCUCCUUGUACAGAUUAUCCCCUUUUAUAGACGAAUGGGGAAUCGUUCGAAUGGAUGGAAGAACUGCUAACGCCGUCUACGCUAAUUUCGACGCGAGAUUUCCGAUAAUUCUGCCAAAAGACAGUCCGAUUACCCGACUACUACUGCAUCAUUACCAUUGUCGUUAUGGCCAUGCGAAUAAAGAAACGAUAGUGAACGAAAUUCGACAACGGUUUGAAAUUUCCUGUCUCCGCUCGGCAGUAGACAAAGCGGCAAAAAACUGCCAAAACUGCAAGAUCAAGAAGUGCAAACCCUUACCUCCCCGGAUGGCGCCAUUACCCGAGCAACGGUUGACGCCACACGUCAGACCCUUCGUUUACGUCGGCAUUGACUACAUGGGUCCAUUGGAAGUAGCGGUUGGCCGACGCAGAGAGAAGAGAUACGUCGUCGUCUUCACGUGUCUAGUAGUGCGAGCUGUUCACUUAGAAGUUUCCUAUGAUUUGUCCACCGAGUCGUGUAUUAUGGCGAUCCGGAGGUUUACACGAAGGAGAGGAUCCCCUUUGCAUAUAUUUACCGACAAUGGCACUAACUUCGUCGGUGCCAGCCGCGAGUUGAAAAGACAAAUCGAAAAGAUCGAUUCAGACUGCGCGGGAACUUUCACCGACGCCCAGACAAAGUGGUCAUUUAAUCCCCCCUCCGCACCUCACAUGGGCGGAGUGUGGGAGAGAAUGGUCCGUAGUGUUAAAGAGGCGAUGGAAUCGUUGGAUGACGGACGGAAAUUAACCGACGAGAUUCUGUGGACUACGCUCAUCGAAACGGAGUGGCUGAUAAAUGCACGACCACUCACUUACAUGCCUCAGGAGCCGACCAACCCCGAGGCAUUGACACCUAACCACUUUAUACUUAACGGUUCUUCCGGUGCUCACGAACCGCUGGAACCCUCGGCAGAUUUGGGAAAGGUGCUCCGAGGUAGCUUUCAACGCUCACAACAACUAGCAGAUGCUGCCUGGGAUCGUUGGUCGAAAGAGUACUUCCCGACAAUCAACAGAAGGACGAAAUGGCUUAGCGACGCGAGAUCUCUGAAAGUCGGAGACCUCGUAUAUAUAACGGAAGGCGGACGAAGGGCGUGGAUAAGAGGCAUCGUAGACGAAGUCAUUCGUGGUAAGGACGGCAGAAUUCGGCAAGCGAUCGUGACGACUGCGACCGGUAAACUAAAGCGUCCUGCCGUGAAGCUAGCUGUGAUGGAAGUCGGUGGAUCGUCGGAUCCUCCCCUUGAUCCACGGGGCGGGGGAUGUUCUGGCAGCACGGACGACGGCGAUGAGACGCUUGACAUACAGAAUCCAGUCCAAGUACGCGGUGACAGCACCCAGAACAAUGACCAUUGUAUUAACCAUUAA